GGAAAUCAGUAUUAAUAGAGCUAACAACCAACUGAAGAUUCAGCAAAACCCCAUUAUUAAUAACGAAAAUAUGAAGAAAACCGCCGCAGAUCAUCAGUCCCAAGACCAUGACCUGUUUGGCGGUGGUGGUGCGCCUGAUCAGGAAGACAAGAGAAAGAGGGCGGCGAGCGGCGGCGGCGCCACUAAUACGAAGAAAAGCUCCGGCGGCGGCGGUGCGAGCUCGACGAUGAAGAGCUGCCAGGCUGAGAAGUGCUCCGCCGACCUGAGCGAUGCAAAGACUUACCACCGACGGCACAAGGUCUGCGAACACCACGCCAAGGCGCAGGUGGUGGUUGUCGCCGGAAUCCGCCAGAGGUUCUGCCAGCAAUGCAGCAGGUUUCAUGACAUUUUGGAAUUCGACGAAAGCAAAAGAAGCUGCAGAAGGCGUUUGGCAGGUCACAAUGAGAGGCGAAGGAAAAACCCCGCCGACAGUUAUUCACAAGGAGCAGCAGAAGGUGGCGGCUCCUCCUCCUCCACCACCACCACCAGCCGGAUCAAAGGCGGCAGUAGUAACACGAGCAGCGGUCACGUCCAAGAAAAUGCAAAUAAUUACAACAAACACUUCCAUAUCAGAUGACUACAAUCGAUUAAUUAUGGCUAAGUGGAAUUAAGCUCCCUCUCUUCUGUCAUCCUCAUUGGCAAUUUAUAUAUAUAUGCUAAAGUAUAUUUAGUUAGUAGCAUAUCUAUUUAAGGCCAUGCAAAAAAAAAAAAAAAAAAAAAAAUUGGAGCAUUUGUAGCUACAAGUACUCCUUGUGUUUAUUGACUUGGUCAUAUAUAAACAUUCUCCAAUAAGCCAUCUCUUAUUUUGGCAUAAUUUGAUUGUAAUAUUGUUACCUAGCUAGCUAGUUUGCCAAAAAAUGUUGUCAAGUAUUCUAGUUGAUGUGGUCUAAACUUCAUCGUAUAUAUAUAGGGUUGGAUGCGUCCUCUCGUCGA